AUCCAGGCGACGGCCGUUGACUGCGAGGCAGUGGCCGGGAGCGAGCGGAGUGGCUCGGAAGCAAGCGGAGGCGGCUAGAGACGACGAGAGGGACGGCAGCGGAUGCGGAUGGGAGCGGGGGCGGUAGCCAUCUCCUGCACGCCUUCCUUCUCCGUGCGCGCUGCUCCUGGCUUUCCUUAUCUCCCCUGAGCGACCACCACACCGCGCCCUGCCCUGCUCGGCGAAUCCGAGGGCGGGCGGGGGUUCCGGCGGCGGCAUGAAGCGGCAGAGGUCGUACGGCGACGGCCUCGACGACGACCGGCGGAGGUUCUACGACCGCGGCCCCCCGCCGCCACCGCCACCGCCGCGGCGGCCGCCGCGGGAGUACGAUGGCGACAGGUUCGAGCGCCGGAAGGGGUUCGGAGGCGGCGGCGGCGGCGGCUUCCACGACGGUCGGUAUCGGGAGUACCCCUCGCCGCGGGAGUAUGGAGGGGACCGGGCGAUGCACCGGUCCGAGAGCUUCUCUGGGUUCCGUCGGGAGUUCCCCAAGGGGUUCCGGUCGGAGCGUGACCGAUCGCGGCGGGACGGUGACGGCGGCUCGGCGUGGCGUCGCCCGGGAAGCGGGUGGAGGGACGCAGAGUGCUUUGACGAGUACAGGGCACCAUCCAGGCUGGGAGCGGCGUCGCUUACUGCGCAGCCGCAGCGAUCGCGGUCAAGGUCACGGUCGCCUAGUGUGCCGAGGAGGAGGUUUGAGGUCACGAAGGCAGAAAAGUUGAAGAAGCAGACGGCGGGCGUCAGUGAGAUCGAGGAAGGGGAGGUCGCCCCAGAUGCGGAGCCCAAGGCCCGGCCUGCUGCUGUGGAGCAUCGGAAGCAGGUUGAACCAAGCCGCGCUAAGGAGAAGGGACCGGAGCGAGGGAAGGUGAAGAAACUCGAUUCUAGAGUCCCAGCGGAUAAGGGAACUCAAGGUAAGGGAGCGACUGGUGCAGCUGAUCCUGACAAUGCAGGGAAGGAGGAAGUCAGGAGAAUCGAUGGUAUGCUGGCAGAAGCAGGGAAACCAAUUGAUGAAGGGACUAUGCUGGCAGACGCAGGGAAACCAAUUGAUGAAGGGAGUGAGAAGUCUUCGAUGAAGGUUGAAGAGGAAGUCAGUGGAGGACAUGAAGUGCAGGCACAAGAUGUGGUUACUGGUGACGCAAGUAAGUUUGGGCUAAGCACUUCACCCAUGCAACAGGAAGUGCUGCAAAGGGGAGUGCAUCGACAAGAAGAGACCACUAAUUCUGUUGAUGUGGUUGGGCAGAGCACUUCCUCUAGUAUCUUGAAUGAGGUUAUUCAGGAAGAAGCACCUACACAAGAAGAAACUGUCAAUGAUAUUAAUGAUGCCGAAAAGAGUGCUCCAUCCAGUUUUAGUCAAGGAGUGGUGCAGGAUGAAGUGAUGAUGGCACACAAGACUGGCAGUGCUGCCGAUGAUGUUGGGAAGAGCACUUCACCCGUCAUGCGGCAAGAAGUGGUGCAGGAGGAGGCAUUGGCGUUAGACAGUACGUCCUAUGCUGCUGAUGAGGUCGGGAAGCUGUCUGGUAUGCCACAGCAGGUUCUUCAGGAAGAAGUUAUGAAGCAAGAUGGAACUUCCAGUGAUGUCCAUAGGAUUGAAACCGACACUUCUGAUGAUCUGCUGCGAGAGGCAACACAAGAAAAAAUGACGAUGCUGGAUGAAACUGCCCAUAAUACUGCUCUGGAACCGGUCAGUUAUUCUGGUAUGCUGAAGGAAGCAAUGCAUGAAGGAGAGUCGAUGAUGGAUGCAACUGGCAAUACAACUGAUGUAGCAGGGCGAAGUAAUUCAGCUGAUGUGGCGGAGGAUGCGAUGCCCGAGAAAGCAGCUGUGCAAGAAACCACCAAUGCUGUUAAUUUAACUGGCGAGAGCAAUACGUUCACUGGGCCGCAGAGAGAGGUGAUAGCUUCUCUACAGCUACAGGCUCCUGAGAUUAAGGAAUUUGAAAAAUUAACUGUAGAGAUGGAUAAGCCAACAGAACAUGCCGCAUUUCAGCCUGCAGAAGAGGAACUUGAAAUGGAUCAAUGCAGAAAAGGAGGUGCGUCAAAGGAAUCCAUGAUAGUUGAAAAUGAGGCAGAUGUUCUGGAUGAAAGUGUCGAGAAACAACUAACAGGAUUUGAUAUCGAGACCGACGCUGAUGGUGCCCGUAUGUUCCAUAGAUCAACAAAAGAACAUGUUGGGGAUAGUAAGGAAGAUGCUGCCAGUGCAAAUGUGAUGACAAGGGAGUCCAUGGCUGAAGCUAAAGGAAAUGGCAUAGCAUUUGAUGUCCUUAGUAAGAAAGUUAAAGUAGAUCAUUCAACUUCAGCGGGAAGGAGUCUUGACUCAGCAUUGCAGCUUGGCGUGGAACCAACGGAAACAUCAAAUUCUGCUUCAACUACGCCUGUAAAGCAGGAAAAUGACACAGUGAAGCUAGGGAAACUUGAUCUUUCGUUGAGCUUGUCAGGUUGUUUACAGAAUUCUGAAUUUAAGUGUUCGAUUCCUCAAACUGCUCGUCUAGUCCAUGCAGCAUGCUCUCAGCCAUUACCAUCAUCAUCUUUCCGCACAAAUUCAGAUGGUUUCGCAGCUUCCGUAUCAUUGACCAGUUCACAAACAUUUGGUCACAAUCCUAGUUGCUCACUCACCCAACAGUCAUUAGACAAUUAUGAGCAUUCAGUAGGUAGCAAACCUUUCUUUAUGGGAGUUGGUCAGAUGAGCAAUCGCACAGGAAGGCAAGCUCAGCUGUCUAGUGAAUCUACACAGAAGGGGAGUGCUACCCCACUCCUUCAGAGAGUACUCCUAAAUGACCAUAUGCCAGAGACUAACACUUUGGCUGGGAUAAAAGGGCAUAACAAUGUGAUGUCCAAUGACCUCCGAAGGCAUGCAAGCAUCCCAGGAGUUUUGUCACCAACACAUAGUCGUGGUUCUCAUGAUUCUGGAUCGGAACAUAAUAGACAUAGAAGGCAGCUUACAAGAGAGAGAAGUAGCAGCAGCCUUACAAGGGGUGACCGGCAGGAGGGAGAACAGCUUGUCAUUAAUGGUGCUGGUGUCAUUGAGAGGAUUAUUUCCAAGGUUGUUUCAGAACCUUUGCAUCUUACAGGAAGGAUGCUUCAAGAGAUGACAGAAAAUUCUAUAACAUAUUUGAGGGAGGCCAUUUCUGAUAUCAUAGUUGAUCCAGGUAAAAGAGAACAAAUUAUUGCUUUGCAGGAGGCACUUAAGAAAAGAUCUGACUUGAAUAGUGAUAUGCUGCGAAUGUGUCCGCGGGUGUUGAUGGAAAUACUUGUUGCUAUAAAGACUGGGCAUCCAUAUUUUAUAAAGAAAAGUAGCAGCGUUGCUACAUCUAAUUUGGUUGACAUUUUUCUCAACUUGAAAUGUUGCAAUCUCUCAUGCCAAAGCAUUCUGCCAGUGGAUGAUUGUGAUUGUAAAGUUUGUCAAAGGAAGACUGGUUUCUGUAGUUCUUGCAUGUGCAUUGUCUGCUCAAAGUUUGACUCAGCAUCUAAUACUUGUAGUUGGGUUGGUUGUGAUGUAUGUCUUCAUUGGUGCCACACAGAUUGUGGCUUACGCCACUCUCUUAUUCGAAAGGGGCAAAGUGCUUCAAGGGCAUAUGGCACUACUGAGAUGCAGUUUCACUGUGCUGCCUGUGGACAUCCAUCAGAGAUGUUUGGUUUUGUGAAGGAAGUAUUUCGAACAUGUGCACAACAUUGGAGGAUGGAGACUCUGAUUAGAGAGCUACAGUAUGUGGAAAGAAUUUUUUCUGCAAGUGAUGAUGUAAGGGGUAAGAGGGUCAGGAACUUUGUGAAGCAGAUGCUAAUUAAGUCGGAAAACAAGGCUUAUCAUCCCGAAGUUGUCAAAUGUGUCAUUGCAUUCUUUUCUGAUGAUGAUACUAUCUUGGGCAUCAAUCCAUCAGUACCACUGAAAGGCAUUCCAUGCAGCAUUGCUGAAGCUAUAGAUGGGAUUCCUAGUUCAAGUCGGAAGGCAGCAUGGACACCAUUUACCUUAGAGGGACUUCCAGUUUUAGACAAAACAACCGUGCAGUCUACCACAGGGAGCCCAUCUCUGCAUAGAAAAUCGGGUGAAGCUGAGUUUCAGACAAUUGAUAAUAAGAAGGCUGUCACUGAUGAACUGGAUAGCCUGAUCAGGUUAAAGCAGGCUGAAGCGUAUAUGUACCAGGAACGUGCAAAUGAUGCACGUAACGAGGUUGACAAUCUGAGGCGUAUCAUUAUGGUAAAAAAUGCACGAAUUGAGGAAGAUUAUGCCACUCAAAUUGAUGAUCUUGACAUAUACGAGUUACAAGAGCGGCGCAAACGAAAGAUUGAAGAACUCCAAGUCAUUGAAAGAACGCAUCAUGAAUUUCUCAACAUGAAAACUAGGAUGGUAGCAAGCAUUAGGGAAUUAUUGUCAAAAAUGGAGGCACUGAAACAAAAUCGAACCAUAUGAAGUUAUGAACUGAGGUUACUACUUAUGGUUCGUUGCAGGAAUCAAAGUUUGGUCAACUUGUGUAAGGAAGCCUGCACAUAUUGUUGUAAGUUUUUUCUUUUAUAUCUAUUCCUGCCUGUCUAGGACUAGCUUCUGGAAGAUUAUUCUUUUUCUCAACUAUUGUGAUAGAUCCUUCACUUUUCGAUCCUUUCAGAUAGGCAAAAUGAUGAGCUGUAAACUCUAGAUCUUCCUGUAUAUAAUCUCAACAAUUACCUACAUGCACGUGUAUUGUUUUCCUGGUACGAUA